AACAUUGCAACUUCCCCUUCUUUACUCCUGUCUUCAUCCUUUCUUCUGUCUGCUGGCAGAGCGGGGUUGCAGUCAUGCAUGUUGGCACCGUCUUUCUUGUUUGUCCUAUGAUUUAUGCAGCAGCCUUAUGGAGGGGGGUCCAGGCUGUUUCUCCUGUGCCGUCAGUCCCUGACCGUGUCCAAGCUGUCGUGGGCUCCUGUGUGGUGAUUCCCUGCUCUUUUACUCUUCAAAAUUCUCAUCCUCUUAGAGGCAGAAAGGAAAGAAUGGACGUCCGGAUGAGGUUUAGAGGUGGUGGCCACCUCUUUCCUCUCCGUAGCACUGCUUUUAACAGUGAGGACAGAGAUCAAGUAGGUAGGGAUUUCCAAGGCCGGACGUCUCUCUUUGGGCAAAUCACAGAUGGAGACUGCUCAGUGAAGAUUGAAAGGAUCAGCCAGGACGACUCACGGAUGUUUGAGAUCGCUCUGAAGAAAGGCGAUGACUUACUAUGGGGGAAACCAACAAGCUUCCAUCUGGAUGUUGUGGACACUCCUGAGGCUCCUGUCAUCAGUGGCAUGUUGUCAGCCACAGAGGGACAGCUGGUCACCCUAAACUGCUCCGUCAGCUAUCACUGCCCCUCCACACCUCCUGUCCUACAGUGGAGCUGGGAGAGAGGAGCCCAGCUGAACAGCACUGAACCUGCUGAGGUAAAGACACUCCACCCAGAGCCCCACAGGCCGAUGGUACUGGCCUCUCUGUCCUUCACUGUGUCACACAAGGUGAAACCCAGACUCAAAUGUGAAGUCAACUACCCAGGAGCCGAAUCAUUGGCCACUUUGAAGGAUCUGCAUGUGACAUUUUCACCAAAAGAUGUGAUGGUUCAGGUCCAGUCCUUGAUGGUGCAGGAGGGGGGCAGUGCCUUGUUAGUCUGCGCAUGUAAAGCUGACCCACCAGCAUCUAAGUACCACUGGUCUUACAGUCAACACGGACGCACGGUGCACCUCCAUCAGAGCACACACGCAAUCCGGGUGUUCAACGUGACCCGAGACAUGAGGGUCCGGUGUUCAGCGCAGAACCUGAUUGGUCGAGGAGAGUCCCGGCCCACGUCGCUGAACAUACAAUAUAAACCGCUCAUCCUCCGGCUCUCCUCCACCUGUGUUGUGGAUGACCUGGAGGUUCUGUGUCGUUGUUCAGUCGACUCCAACCCCAAAGCAGCAGUCACCUGGAGCGUGAACGGGACUGUUCCACCUCAUGAUUACAAUGUGUCAGUAACAUCUGAGCGUGACAGGCUAACAGCUACUCUGAGAGGCCGCAUGGACAGACCUCAGAUGGUGAUCUGCUUUGCUUUCAACGCACUGGGAAAUGACUCUCUGAUGUUGCUGCAGGGAGGAGAAGAUAAUACCCCAUUGUUGUGGUUGGUGAUACCUGCUGUGGCCAUCUGUCUGGUUAUAGUUCUUAUUUCUCUUUUUUUCUACUGCUACCGAAAGAGAGCUGAAAAACACGUCCUGAGCAGAAGCCAGGCCGUGUACCCUGGAGGACUGGGAAUUUAUCAGGACCAGAUGCCCCUCUACAUUAACUGCACAGAAGUGACUCAUAUCUACACCAAUGGCAGCUACCAACUCGUGUACCAGAACUGCACGCCUUUUUUUGUCCAUACUAAGCAGAUCCGUCCGAUGGGCAGAAGAGGUGGAGAGAGAAGAAGAGGAGGAGAGGGUGGAGGAAUAGACAGACGGGAAGGUUUAGCAGUCAGAGGCACAAGAGAGGUGCAGAGUGCUGCUGCGGGUGAUGCAGAGACAGCCAUCUACCUGGAGAUCCUCUGAGCUCACUGACUUUAGACUGACUGUCACACUGAUGGUAAUGCAUGGUGCAUGUAACUGUCAGUUAUUGUAUAUAUUGUACAUGUAUAUCUAUAUGUCACUGGCAUUUCAAAACUCUGCCCUAUGUGAUCUUUUUAGUCUCUUGCGUUGGUCUAUCUCUCUCAUAAUCUCCAUAUUGAACAAUCUCUGUGUCUUUCAGUGUUGGCCUGUGGCCUGGAUGCUCUUUUGUUAAGAUUUCUUUUGGCCUUUUUGAGCUUUAUUUGAUAGAGACAGCUGAAGAGUGACAAGAAUGCGGGGAGAGAGAGAGAUUGGGAAUGACAUGCGGGAAAGAGCCACAGGUCGGAUUUGA